AUGUGGCUCCUGGAGAAAAUCCGUGGCUCGGUGGAGAACGGAGGCUCCCGAGGCAAUGACGGUGGUGACAAGCAAUCCAAGGGGCCCUUGUACAGCAACGUCUUGACCCCGGAUAAGAUCCCGGACUUCUUCAUCCCCCCCAAGCUGCCGACAGUGCCUCCCGAGGCAGAGGGGGCGGAAGCCAAGGCCAAGCCCAACCUCGGCACCUCCGCCUCGGAGCAGAACCUCUCGGCCCGCAAGGCCCAACGGAGCCCCCGUUUGCCGGUGAAGGCCGUCUCGGAGAGCAAGAACCUCCUGAAGGCGGCCAGCCGGCACAUCAUCCAGAUAGAGAGCGCUGAUGAGUGGAUGUCCGAAGAGGACGUCAGCACCAACGCCGACCCCCAGUCGCAGACGGCCAUGUCGCUGCCGUACGUGCCCAAGGCCCAGACCUCCUACGGCUUCGCCACCCUCAUGGAGAGCCCGCACACCCGCCGCAAGGAGUCGCUCUUCCACAGCGAGCACACCAGCCUGUGCCAGUCCCAGUCCUCCUCGCCCAGCUCGCCCCGGAAGUCCGCCUCGGGAGGGAACAAGGCCAAUGGCGAGAGCGGCCACCUCAACCCCUCUGACAUCAGCAUGUCCCUCAUGAACCCUUACCGCUACUUCAGCGGCGGGGAGAGCGAUACCUGCUCGUCGGCCGAGUCUUCCCCGUUCGGUUCACCGCUACUCUCGCGGUCGGUAUCCCUCCUCAAGAUCUUCUCCCAGGAGAGCCAGUCCAAAGUCAUCAAGCUGAAGCACUCGGUCGCCCGCAACAGCUCCCUCUCCACCGACGACAGCUCGGCCGACACCAGCCCCAGCACACAGCGGCGCAUGCGCUGUGCCACCCCUCCAGCCGGGGGCGCCGCCGGGGGCGUUCAACAGCAGCCCCAGGCGCCCACGGACCCCCAGGAGCGCCUGCACAAGGAACAUGUCAUCGGCUUGAGCAAAGGAGGCAGCAUGCGCCUGGUGGCCGAGUACAACCCCUCCGGCGCCCGGCUGCGGGUGCGCAUCAUCACUGCAGAAGACCUCUACGACAAGCACUGCGACGCCCGGAGCAUCAACUGCUGCGUGGCUCUCUACCUGAACCCUGGCAAGCUGCAGAAGCAGCGCAGUACCAUCAUCAAGAACAGCCGCCACCCCGUCUUCAACGAGGACUUCUUCUUCGACGGCUUGGGUGCCGGCAAUGUGAAGAAGAUGUCCCUCAAGGUCAAGGUGGUGAACAAAGGCAGCAGCCUCAAACGGGACACCCUGAUGGGCGAGAAGGAGCUGCCCCUGAAGUCUCUGCUCCCCUUUUCAUAAG